UUAUGUGUAAUAUUGAAAACCUGGCUGCAGUAGUAUGAGUGGUGGAAAGAUAGGUUGGAUAAUAGUGCUGGUAUCAGUGAUACUGAUGGUAUGGCUCAAGCAAAGGAGCCUAGUCUACCAAGAGGAGGAUCAGCUCAGUCUCUGGCUAAAGGAGAACAGACUAGAAGAGAUUGAGGAGUCAUUAGUCCUCUCUGGAAUCAAGUCAACUCGUGAUUUAUUGAAAUAUUCAGUUGAUUCACUGUCAGAUACUCUGAGUUUAACAUCAGAGCAGGUCUGGUUGCUGGACAGGGCCUGCAGCUGGUUGAAGGUCCAGAACUGGUUAUUAACUAAUGAAUUAACUAGCUACGAGCCUGUCCUUAAGCAACACAACAUGAUCAGUUUGAGAGAUCUCACGUCAACCAGUGACAAGGACCUCUACAGAAUGAUGGAGGGACAGAAAGAUAAAGAUAAAUUCAUAGCAGCUGCAACCUCACUUAGAAAUGAGUCACAUGGCUCGUACAGUUGGAUUUACAUAAUAAUUAUACUUUUUAUAAUAAUCAUAGCAUUAAUAGUAUUUCUAUAUAUUUGUGUCGUUAAUGUUGUCAGUGCAGCUGCUGUCCUAAUAAUAGACGCUCUCAUGUACGGGAUAGUACUGAUCCUAUGGGUUCUAAUAGUGGGUGUGGUUGGCAGUUUUAUUAAUGGAUUGACAGGACGGCGUGUGUCCCCGCCCAACCCUCCAUCCUUCAGUUCAUUCCGUACUAGAACAGCUGCUAGUAGGGGGCGGAGCAGGUUCUCAUUAUUAAGAACUAACCAAAGACACUCUAGAGCUAAUACUAACAGUACUGGUGCUGAUUUUCAUCUGGGGCUUUACGACCGGCUAAGGGGUAAGUCCUUUGAUUCAAAGCGUAGCACCAUCGCUUGGAACAAUCAGGAAUCUCUUGUAGUUGGGAAUUCUUCCAUAGCCACAGUACAUUUUAAAUGUAGAAAUGAUUCUAAUUAUACAUUGCAACCCUCCGAUAAUUUAUCGAUUAAAAUACUACACGUCAGCUCAAAGACUACAUUACCUCAUGCCUUGGAACCAGCUAGACCUUUCGGUCAAGAUUCUAUCAAAAUAUCGUUCACUCCGAAACUGAGUGGGAGCUAUAACAUUGACAUAAAGAUCAACGGAACUUACAUUGGGAGAGAUGGGUCCAUUAUCAGGCAGUACAAGCCAGGUUCAGUUGAUGCCAGUAAGACAGUGUUCCUACAGCAAAGCAAUACAAUAGUAGUCACAUCAGGAAUCUACCACAGCAUGCAAAUAAUACCAAAGGACAGGUUCGGUAACCCAGCUAAUGUCUGCCAAGAGUAUUUAACUGCUGAAAUCAGAAAAGAUAGUUCCACUGGUGAUCUCAUCAAUCCAGAGUGUGUGGUUGAUACGAGUCCAGUUCCCAAUCAGUACGAGAUACUCCUCAAGGUAGAGGAGGUUGGGUACUUUGUAGGUUGCGUUAAAUAUGAAGGAGAGAUCAUUGGACCAUGUUCUAUAAAUAUAAUAUCAUUAAAUGAAGCGGAUUCUGUUUCAGUUGAUAAGAAUGUCGCUAAGAAGUGUAAUGUUUAUUACGAGUCAAUGUAUACUCCAGGAGCAGCUGCAAAACCAAAGAGGGUUUAUUGUUACAUCUCACCGAAACAGAUUCAAGUGAAAGAGUUCUUUAUAUUGGGACUCAUUCCUAAGCGUAUCUACUCCUGUAAAGUCUGUCCUUCGACCAGAAUAAUAUUCCAUGAAACUGCCGAAUGUUUUACACUGGACGAUGGAUACCAGUCUCCGCUGGUCAUGGUAUCUCCUCAUCGUGAAGUGCUCGCUGCUACUUUUUAUAAAUUUUUAUUAAAGAACAUUGGUGGUUCCGAAAAGUUUCAAGAUAAACAAAAGUUCUUUUACAGCGAAGUGAAGAAAAUGAGGAGCCAACUGACAAGAGGAGAGGUCCAUAUCACAGUAUCCUCAAGACACAACCUACUUGAAGAGGCGAUACAAGCCACCAAACACUUGAGUAGUUCGGACUGGUAUAAGAAGUUUACCAUUGACUUUCAAGGAGAGGAAGGUUUGGAUUGGGGCGGGGUCAGUCGUGAGUUCUUUGAGUUGGUUUGUGUCAGAUGCUUUGACCCGUCCUAUCAGCUGUUUAAGAGAUUCUCCGAUAAUCCCCAGGGACUAGCUCAUCCGAACCCAAACAGACCAUCACAUUUGAAAUUAAGGCACUACGAGUUUGCUGGUCGUAUCGUUGGCAAGUGUCUGUAUGAGUCAGCCCUGGGUAACCAGCUGAUGGUGAAGGCCAGGUUUAGCAGAUCAUUCCUAGCUCAAAUAAUUGGACUGAGAAUUAACCACAAAUAUUUUGAGAGUGACAAUCCUGAAUUAUACACAACAAAGAUUCAGUACAUCAGAGACAAUGACGUCACUGAUUUAGGACUGGUCUUUGCUGAAGAAGAAAUAGACCAAAAUACAGGAACCAUAACCGUGGUUCCCCUGAUCAGUAAGGGGGAGGAGAUUGAGGUUACUAAUAGUAAUAAACUUCAUUAUCUUAAUUUGCUGGCUCAGCAUAAAUUAUCGAAAACUGUCAAAGAAGAAGUGGAUCAUUUCCUUAAAGGUCUUAAUGAUGUAAUUCCUGAUCAUUUAUUAUCUAUUUUUGAUGAAACUGAACUUGAAUUAUUAAUGUGUGGUGUUGGUACAGUCAGUUAUAAUGAGCUAAAGAUCCAUACAGUGGUUAAUGGUAGUAACGACCGGUUUAGGACAGUGGUAUCAUGGUUCUGGACACUGGUCAGUGGAUUUACUCAGGAAGAAAUGGCCAAACUAUUACAAUUUGUAACAGGAUGUUCCCAGUUACCUCCAGGUGGUUUUAAAGACCUUCACCCUGCCUUUCAGAUAAUAUCCUCACCAACUCAUGGCAGACUACCUACAGCUCACACCUGUUUCAAUCAGCUCUGUCUUCCAUCUUAUGAUUCAUACGACCAGUUCCAACAGUCAUUAACGCUAGCUCUUAAUGAAGGAUCAGAAGGUUUUGGAUUCGCAUGAUAAUAUUAACAAUUAAUGAGUGACUAUUAUCAGCAGCUGGUGUGUGCUGCAUUUUCACUUUUUAUAAUGUAUUAUUAUUAUUAUGUUUUUACUGUCAAUUAUUAUUAUUGAAGCAUGCCUGGGUAAGCAUUUGCCUGCUAGUCCAACUGUCA